CCUCCCAUUUCUGACAAGUAGAAGAAGAGGCACCAAAGCUGGUGUGACUAUACACAUAGCAAUAUCACUUCGGCGUAUGCGUUAAUAUUUCUAACAUUUUGCCGUAUUAAGGAUUGGGAUUCAACGGCUGAUAUGUCGACAAGACCGGGAUUCUACCGGCAAGAUCUGAACAAGACAGUCUGGGAGGUGCCCGAACGAUACCAGAAUCUUACGCCGGUUGGAUCGGGGGCUUAUGGCUCAGUCUGCUCAGCAUAUGACGUGCGUCUCCGUCAAAAGGUGGCUGUUAAAAAGCUCUCUCGACCGUUUCAGUCCCUCAUCCACAGUAGACGAACCUACAGAGAGCUGAGACUUCUCAAGCACAUGAAGCACGAGAAUGUUAUUGGACUCCUGGAUGUUUUCACUCCUGCAGCUUCUCUUGAAGAUUUCAAUGAGGUCUACCUUGUAACCAAUCUGAUGGGAGCAGAUCUCAACAACAUUGUCAAGUUUCAAAGACUUUCAGAUGAACACAUACAAUUCCUCAUCUAUCAGCUUCUUCGUGGCCUUAAGUACAUUCAUUCAGCUGGACUGAUCCACAGAGACUUAAAGCCAAGCAAUGUAGCAGUGAAUGAAGAUUGUGAACUCAGGAUCCUGGAUUUUGGAUUAGCCAGGCAGACAGAUGAUGAGAUGACCGGUUAUGUGGCUACUCGCUGGUACCGAGCACCUGAGAUCAUGCUGAACUGGAUGCACUACAACCAGACAGUGGACAUCUGGUCAGUUGGAUGCAUCAUGGGUGAACUUCUGAAGGGCAAAGUUUUGUUUCCGGGUAAUGAUUAUAUAGAUCAGCUAAAGAGAAUUAUGGAGGUGGUAGGAACACCCACACCUGAAGUUCUGAAGAAAAUAUCCUCUGAACAUGCUCAGAAGUAUAUCCAGUCACUUCCAUACAUGCCCCAGCAAGACCUGGACAAGAUAUUCAGGGGGGCGAAUCCAUUAGCGGUUGACUUAUUGAAGAAAAUGUUAGUAUUGGAUUGUGAUGGGAGAAUCUCUGCCAGUGAAGCUCUGUGCCAUGCGUAUUUUUCUCAAUACCAUGAUCCCGACGAUGAACCAGAAGCCUCUCCGUAUGACCAGACCCCUGAGAGCAAAGACCGAACACUGGAGGAGUGGAAGGAGCUGGUUUAUGAGGAAGUAAACAAUCUCAAAGCCCCUGCCAAUCAAUCAGAAACUCUUCAGGUGGAACAGUGAGACUGAUCUUAAAAACAAUCCAGGAUGAUUGUCACCGCCCUAUCACUGCCUGUCAAUCAAACUCUCAAGACACGGGAUUGCCAGACAAACAGUAUAAACAGACUACAGACCAACCUGAGACAAUGACAAAAGUAUUUCCAAGGCAUGAUGCCCUUCCUGUAUGAAUUCAUACGCACAUUUAAAUACGAGCAAUGGUAUUGUACCGAUGACACAAUGUAUUAAUAUUAUAAGGUGCAUGUUGUGUGUGCGUGCGUGUGUAUGUAUGUGUGCAGAUUGUGUGUUUUGAGUAUUUUUUAUAUUUGGUGUGAGGCAGGUGUCAGGUAAAGCAGGGUAUGAUGUACCUCAUACAAGACCAAAAACUAGGCAUGCAGACAAAAAGGCUAUGUUGGAGAAAAUAUGUUUACAUUGUUGAAAGGAGCAUCUUAUAAAGGGCAUACACACUCUCAGAAACGGGUCUGUCAUUGGGACGGUACUUUUUAAAAGGGUCCUAAUAUGUACCAUUUAUAUGUACCUUUGUUCCCUUUAUAGCAGGAAUGGGGAACCCUGGGUCCUGGAGGACCACUGUCCUGCAGAUUUUACUUCCAACCUUAACCAAACACAACUGAAUUUCAUUUCCAAGUAAUCCUGAAGACUUGAAUUAGAUUUUUCAGGUGUGUUUAAUUAGGGUUGGAACUAAACUCUGCAGGACAGAGGCGCUCCAGGACCAGGGUUCGCCACCCCUGCUUUAUACGGUACCAUCAUGCAAACAUGUACUUUUGAAAAGGUACCACCACAAUGACAACUUUUGUACCUUUGUGACCUUUUUUCUGAAAGUGCACGCAGGGCUGGAAACGGCAGAAAUCCACUGGGGGGACUCUAUAGUUGGGUAAUUUUGGAUGACGACUUAUACAGUUUUCUACAGUUUUUAUAUUUCUUCCCAAGUCUGUUUUCCAGAGCUCUGAGACAUAUUUUUUCCCAAUUGUUUCGUUCCGAACAGAAACAGUAUUUUAACGUUUCCGGUUUUUGGUUCAACCCUAAAACUGACGUUCCUGAUCAGGUUAGAACAAAAAAAUUAAGUUCCCGAACCGCUUAAUUACGUUCAUACAUCAGCUGUGGGACAUACAAAUAAGUAGGCUGAUCAUUAGAACAUUAAACUUAAAUUAUUAGUCUACAUAAUUUUCCUUAAGUCUCUAUCUUGUCAUCAAACAUUAAAAAAGGCUAUUAUGGAAGCGACAUAACUGUAAUUCUGACAUGCGUUUGUUUCAGCAAUAUACAUGAAUUAAGACAAGGAAAAUUUCUGCCAUGUCGUUUAUGGGCAAACAAAUGUUUUUAUUAAAAAAAUAAUAGUGUGGUAUUUCGAGAUCAUUUUGUUUGUAUGUGCCCUGUCAAGAACAGAAAGAUUGUUUGCUUGCUUUUUGAAACGCGUCUUACGUGUAUGCACUUUUGAGUGCAUAUAAACACGUGUACACACACAGACAGAGGACGAAUUCCAAACAGCGUUUCGGGAAGAAGAUGCAGCAUAAACAGUCACUCCACAAAAAGUGAAAAUUGCGUUGUUUUUCAUGCUUUAUUUAUUUAUAAAUGUAUUUAAAUGGACUACAGUAUGAGACACAGUAGCGCAACUCUCCCUCAAGUUUAUACAUCAAGAGUUCUGAUCUUUGAGGAGCUUAGGGAUAAUCACGUUCGAUUUGGACCGGAAACAUUCAACUUUCACCCUAUUUAAAUUUGCAUAUUAAUCCGUGAAUCGCAUGCGAGCCGAACCGUGGGUCAUGAUCUGUACGGAUCAAGGAUCAACUUCUGUUACACCACUAAUUAGUAUUAAAAAAACAAAUAUCUUGCCUACAAUAUUUACCUCUUAUGAUUGAGCAUUAGAGACUUGGGCUUGAGUAGGCUACUUCCUGGCGACAAGCUUCUCAUUUCUCUGAUGAAUCAACGACGACCGGAAGUGAACUUCACCGAGUAUUGCACAGAAAUCUUGUCGAAGAACGAAAAAAAUAACUGUAUUAACCGGUUACCAUUAUUUUAAAUAAACAAUUCUGUUCCGGAACAUAUUUAUUUUUUUUAAGUUUCUGGUUUCAUUUCUAUUCCUUGCAAAACAUCAAAAGUUUCUGGUUUUCGUUCCGUGAACCGUUUCAAAGCCUUGCUGUUUUCUUGAGUAUUUUAAAAUACUUUUAACAAUCAAUUUGUCCUUAUGUUAAAGUAAAAUUUGUAGAGUAUAAAAAUUUGGAUAUUCAGUUAAUUUAGGAAAAAACUGAAAUGAAACCGAUACAUCAGUCAUACAGUGCCACUGUGACUGUGAAGUGUCAUCAUGUGACAAGCUUGAUGAUGCAUUAAAAAAUAAUAGUUGCAAUAAAAAUUAUAAUAGGGAGUCAUUUUAAAUGCCUUUAAAUACACUCUUAAAAAUAAAGGUGCUUAAAAGGAACUUUACAGUGAUGCCAUAUAAAACUUUUUUUGUUCCUCAAAGAACUAUUUAGACAGAAAAUAUUCUUCUAUGGCAUCGUGAAUCACCUUUAUUUUUAAUAGCGUAGCUUUAAAUAUUAAGAUAUAUAUUAAUAAAAUCUACUAUUUCAAAAAAUAUAUCCAGUUUAAAUUGGAACUCCGUCCCCCUCGAAAUUCACUCCCCGGACUCUGUCCCCUCCCGUCCCCCCAAUUUCCAGCCCUGCAUACAUGCAUUCAUGUAUUAAAGUCUCUGCAUAAAUGUAGGCAAAUACAUAAUCUGUAUUUACACAUCUGCAGGGUUGAAUAUUGCAUACCUCAUAAAUGUUUUGACUGUAACGAGUCAUGCAUAAAGUGAAAAGUGUUUACCAGUUAUUUUAGAAGAUGUACUUCCAGUGAUUUUGGAAACACACAGUAGAGUCAAAAACUGACUCCUCCCCUCAUAAACAUCUUAUCAAUGAGACACGAAAAUAUGUUGGAUUGGCUGCUACAUUAAGAUUGAUCAAGUAAGAUUCAUAAACCAUGUUUAAAACGUUUAAAAACAUCCAGAUGCAUCACAAUUAAGGAGAAAACAUUUCUUAAUUUUAAUGAAAAAAUAUAAUUUCCUGACUGUUCUUCCGUCUGUGUAAUGUAAAGUGUUUUACACAAUACUUGAAAAGGAUUUGUGAAUAUCAGUAGAUGUUUACUGAAUGAAGAUGCUUAUAGGUGAAAAAACUGCAAUUCAGAUGUUAAGGUUUGUUUCACAAUGUGUGUGUGUUUAUUAGGUAAAUUUCGAAACAUCCUAAAGGACAAUGAUGCAACUCUGAUGUCAUGAAACUGUAGUUGCCAUCAUCUGAAGCUCAAUGGGUAAAACUGGUGUGGUUUCUUCUUUUACACUUUAUUAUGUAAAUGACAGAAACCAUUGACUGUCCUGCCUUCAUCACAAUACAUUCCUAUAGUAUAUGCUUCAAAAACUCUUUCUACUUUAGAUGCAUAAAACACAAAUCAUAUACAAAUAUGGUAAAGUCUGCAUAUGUGGCCUUAGCACUUUGACCCCAGUGUUACGCUGUGUAUCAUAUUCUCCUCCUGGUCUACUGCAUGCCUUUUUAUCUAAGAGAAAAAAUACAUUCUGCUGUUUCAGUGGACUUGAUGUAUUUUUAGCACUAUAUGACCCAUCAAGUCUCACCAGCAUGUAGCCACUCCACCCUCAUUAUCUGCUCUCUUAAUAAAACGAACUGCUUUACUCAAACAAGUUUCUGUGUUUUAAGUUAAAGUAAAUCAAAUAAACAUACACAUUAUCCAAGAUCUAAAAGCAACGACUGCAAAGGAUU